CUGCGGCGGAACUGCCAAAAAGAAAGAAAGAAACCGAGUUGGCGUGUCGACUCGCUCAGUUACCAAAAAUUCGGUUAUCGGGCCAGGAUCGCUGGGAAUUUGUAACUGUGUCGUUGUCUUUGAGGAAAUCAAUGGGAGAGGGCAGUGCAUUUGCUACCUACUGUGUGCGAGCAAAUUGAGGACACCUUGAGGAAGGCGCCAUGGCUGCCCUCAGACCCCUCGUGAAACCCAAGAUUGUCAAAAAGAGGACCAAGAAGUUCAUCCGGCACCAGUCAGACCGAUAUGUCAAAAUUAAGCGGAACUGGCGGAAACCCAGAGGCAUUGACAAUAGGGUGCGUAGAAGAUUCAAGGGCCAGAUCUUGAUGCCCAACAUUGGUUAUGGGAGCAACAAGAAAACAAAGCACAUGCUGCCCAGUGGCUUUCGGAAGUUUCUGGUACAUAACGUCAAGGAGCUUGAAGUGCUGCUGAUGUGCAAUAAAUCUUACUGUGCUGAGAUUGCUCACAACGUCUCCUCAAAGAACCGCAAAGCCAUUGUGGAAAGAGCAGCCCAGCUGGCCAUCAGAGUCACCAAUCCCAAUGCCAGGCUGCGCAGCGAAGAAAAUGAAUAGACAGAUUGUGUACACAUUGUAUUUGUGUUAAUAAAAUCAUAAAAUUCUGCCA